AAUGAGAAAAAAAAAAAGGUUUCCACGCGUCUGGCCAGUUGGUCUAAAAUCGGGCUGGCCUGCUGGAGCCUGGUCCUUUCCCAGCGCAUUGUUGAUUGAUUCACGGGAAGAGCGAGACGCCAAGAACUCGGGCAAGUCGCGAGGCCGCCUGCCUCCGCCCGCCCAGGACUCGAUCUCGAUCCCCGCCGACAAGGGAACCCGCGGGAGCGCCAAGAUCCCGCCAUGAAUCCCGAGUAUGAUUACCUCUUCAAGCUUUUGCUUAUUGGAGACUCGGGUGUUGGCAAGUCAUGUCUUCUGUUAAGAUUUGCAGACGACUCGUACCUGGAUAGUUACAUCAGUACUAUUGGAGUUGAUUUCAAAAUAAGGACUGUGGAGCAGGACGGAAAGACUAUCAAGCUGCAAAUUUGGGACACUGCUGGGCAAGAACGUUUUAGAACUAUUACCAGCAGCUACUACCGAGGGGCCCAUGGGAUUAUUAUCGUCUAUGAUGUGACAGACCAAGAUAGCUUCAACAAUGUGAAGCAGUGGUUGAACGAGAUUGACCGCUAUGCCAGUGAGAAUGUGAACAAGCUUCUCGUGGGGAACAAAUGUGAUCUGGCUGACAAAAGAGCUGUGUCAUAUGAAACAGCAAAGGCAUUUGCUGAUGAGAUUGGCAUCCCAUUCAUGGAGACCAGCGCAAAGAACGCCCUGAAUGUUGAACAGGCUUUCAUGGCCAUGGCUGCUUCAAUCAAGGAUAGGAUGGCGAGCCAGCCAGCCGCAAACAACGCUCGCCCAGCUACUGUACAGAUCCGCGGGCAACCUGUCGAGCAGAAGACCAGCUGUUGCUCUUCUUAGAAAACCAUGCAAACUUGUUGAUGCUCCAUCACCUUUAUACAUGUUUUCUUAUUUGUUUUUACUUGUUAUCUUUAUUCUUUUCUUUCUAGUGUACCUGCCUUUUGAAAUUGUGUAACUUGGAUGAAUAUAUCUUCUUACAUUCGCAGUUGUUUUUAUGGUUAACUUGGGGUGACAGUGCUGGUCAUAGUACUCGGAUCUGUAUCUAUACGGUUCUAUUACUAACGAUAUUAUACAAUAGCCGAUUUCCUUUUUCUCCUCUCA